AAUUUGUUUGCAAAAGUGAAAUUAAGAAUGUUUUGGAAGUGAAAAUUCUUUGGAUAUUGUAAGUGAAUAUUUUUCUGGUGAAAAUGAAAAUAUUUUAGGUGAAAUUGAAAAUUUUUUUAUUCAUAUUAGUCGGGUGACAAUUUUUUAAAAGGAGAUGAAAAUUUAGUGGGCAUAUCCUAUUUCUAUUCAAAUCCAAUCAAUAAGUACAAGUAUUCAUUUUGGUAGAUUUUCUAUCCAAAACAAUAAUUGAUAGAAUUUUAUUCAAUAUGUCCAUAUUUACGGAUUCAGAAAACAGAUUGUUUUUUCCAUAAAAUUUUUUAAGCAGAGGGCAGUCACGUUCUAUUCUGGACUCACCUUUAUUUUCAUUUGCAAAUAUUUGUACUAUUGUGGGUCGGCCUAAUCUAUUAUUGCAAUUUAGCAGUUGUGAAUUGUACUUAAUAGUUCAUAUGACUUCGCAGCUGAAGUUUCCAUUCUACUGCGGUAAAUACAUUUAUCAUUUAUGGUUAUAAAUGUCAAUUGUCUCUUGUUGCUCUUGAUUUACAACAAUUACAAUUCAAGUUCUAUAAAUUGUUAUACGUAUUAUAAAAUAAAAUAAAUAUACAAGUUAGAAAAUCUUGUUUUCUAAAAUCCAAAUAUUGUAAAGUUUAAUGUUUCGUCAUGAAAAGUCGUCGAGUUUAUAAAAGCGAUAAUAUGUUGAUAUUGCAUUAAUCACGAAUAUUUAAUUGGGCCACUAGUUUCUUUACGAGAUUGUGAAUCACCGACAGAGCGACAGCAGACUACAUUCGGAUCUAGUUCUUCAAUUUUUUGCCAUGGAUCUUGCGAAGGAUUACGACGAUACUACAGAUUAUAAUCAACUGUUUCUCGCAGUCCACCAUGGAGACUUAAAUCUUGUUCAUUCUCUGCUAAAAAAGUAUUCGGCGACGGAAACGAUACGUGGAAGGACUUUGCUUCAUGUGGCGGCUGCAGGAGGACAUGCGGAGAUAGCUACACUGCUCACCACCAAGCGGGACGAAACAGGGAACACACCUCUGCAUCUGGCGAUAAUGAGGAACCAACCUCAGGUUUUCAAUCUUCUUUUAGAGGAGACUAACUUGAACGCUAGAAAUCUUAAGGAUGAAAGGCCUCUUCACUAUGCAGCUUUAUUUAAUCGUCCUGAUUUUGCAAAGACACUUCUAGACAAUGGCGCCUCUAUUGAGGUAAAAGAUAAAGAGGGAAAAACGCCACUUUAUGUUGCAUUGGCGAAGGAAAACGUUCAAAUGGCUGAAAUUCUUUUUAAACACGGUGCAGUUUUGAGUGCCAACGAUUUGACAUACAUGGGACCUCUUCGUUCCGCAGUUAAGGAAGGAAAUUUUGAAAUGGUAAAACUGCUCAUGGCGAACGGAUGUCGCACAGUCGAUAUUCCAACAUUCGAUGGUUCUGCUCUUAAACUUGCAGUAUCUUGUGGUAAUUUGGAAAUUUUACAAUAUCUCAUAAAGAAUGGCGAGAAAAGUAGUGAAACGAUUAAUAAAGAUGAACUCCACUUGUUCAAAACAAGCAUACAGAUGAAGCGCUUAGAUAUUUUAAAAUAUUUAGUAGACGUAGGUUUGAAGACAGAAACAGUGAAUAAUACAUUUUUUGACAUAAUUAAGCAUCGACGCUAUGAAACUUGGGAAUAUUUAUUAAAACAUCUAUCGAAAAUUAAUGCAACAACGUAUUUUAGAGAGAAGCAGCUUCAUUUUUCAGUUCGAAUGAACCAAGUGGAAACUAUUAAAGCAACUAUCAAGGAAAUUAAAAUCCCACUGUGUCAUUUCAUUCCUUUCAAUAGAAAAUUGGCCGUUUACAUUGCUGCCGAAACUGGGAAUGAAGAAAUAUUAGAAAUACUUUUAAACGCUGGUUGUCCCGUUGACAGUGUGUUUAAAUUCAUAAGUCCUCUUCACGUUGCAGCUACUUUUGAGCACCCGAGAUUAGUAAAGCUACUCCUGAAAGCAGGAGCUGAUGUUAAUCUGCAAACUGAAAAUGGUCUCACUCCACUACAUUUCGCAGCAAUAUCGGUGCAACCAGCUGUCGUGAAAUUCCUCCUAGAAAACGGUGCUGAUCCCUGUAAAACCUGUGGUCGCUAUAAAGAACCACCAUUUGGAUUAGCUGUACUUAUGUUUUCAACAAAUUUACCUUCCAGAGAAAUUCCUGUUGCUAUGUUUGAGAGACUGAUAAAAAUUACGAAAAUGUUAACUACCUCUACGAAUGUUGAAGAAAUCGAAAGGUUAUAUAUAGUGGCAGUUACAAUAAGGGUGCUAAACAUCAACAAUUUAAAUCAAGAGACAAAUAAAGUAACAUGGCCCGAUUAUUCUGAAUUUCGUCCUGAAAUUGUAAAAUGUAUGUCUAGUUAUCUAAGUGAUGAAUCAUUGAAAAUUAAUUCUGAGACGGUCUUUAAUGAGUUUCAAUCAGGUUUCACACCUGAAUUGCUGCAACUUAUGAUGGAUUAUAAUGAUUCUAAAUCAUGUUGUACUAUCGAAAUAAAAGAUACGGAUGUAAGUUACAAGUGCAAAUUGCUUAUGGUUAGUUACUCUAAAAACAUUGAUAAUCUUUUGAGUAUCAAUAAAGUUGACGAUAUCAUAUUUCAUGAUGACUACUGCGACAAAAAGGAUAGAACAGAAUUGGUAGAGUUGAUUGUAGCGCGUUUGGUAUUGUUGACCGAAGACGGUCAUCCUGGUGUCUUGAAAUAUUGUCUGGACAAUGAUGUCAAUGAUUUGCGAGAAAAGUGCGUGAAAGAGAAGGUGGGCAUGCAAAAGGCGAGAAUUAAUGAAAAUAUGAUCGUUACUUUCUACGACGUAUUAACGAAAUCAACAAAUAAAGUUGCAAUGUACGCGAGCAACUGUGACUUUUUAAAAGCAAUCGAAUCUUCUGAUAAAAAAUUUCCGAUCUACGCUGAUUUCUUGAAGACAAGUGUCGAAGUUGCAGAGAAGAGAAAAGAGUUCAUCAACGAGUGCACUACCUUAAUGUUUAGUUUGGUUAAAAAAUGUCACAAAAUUCGAAUUUCUCGAGCUGAUAUCGGACAUAUUUUUCAGUAUCUCUCUAUUAUAGAUUUGCGAAGAUUUUCAGCAGUUUGUUCCUAAAAUGUAAUUUUUAUACCGAAUUAACGGAAAUAUUUUUUAUGUAUAAUUUGUUAAGCGUCUUUCUUCCACGAUGAAGAAUAUACAGAAGAAUGUCUUCAGAAUGUACAAAAUCAAAAGAAGUUAAAACUUUUGUUCCCAAGAAUGUACUGAAUAGUUAUUUAAACUUUUAUAAUAAUUAUUCAAUUUAAGUUGAUUGUCGAAUUCAAAUUUAUGGACAUAAAUUACGAUUACACAGAUAGCUAAGCUUUGAGCUUUGAAACAAUAUUUUUUGAUGUCGAUACAUUAAUACUAACGAACUAAUCGCUUAUUAAAAAGUUUGUUUAAAAAAUUUUAGCAAUGUGACAAACAAAAAUUCUUUUUUUCUUGUGUUAACCCUCAGAGAGGCGUUUAUUCUUAUAAACUGUGAAAAUCUGUAAAUAAUACUACGUUUCAUAAAAUAUGAA